UUAAAAUUAUGUGUUCUUCUUUUUUUUAUCAUUGCUUAAUUCUCAUUGUCUCAUAACAUAGAUCCCUUUAUCCAUAAAUGAGGACCAAUAAUGUAACCUUUAGGAGUACUAGUAAUAUUUACUCCACUUGACUAUAAAUUAUCCACCUUAUUUAUUAAGGUUCAUUUUAAGCAAUGGUUAUAAAUUGGGACUUCUGCGCAAGCCUGUUUUCUUACUCUUCCCUUUCACAAAAAAAAUGCAUCAGCCUUCCUCUGUACACAUCACAGGCGGCUGCUACACUGCCACCUGAUACCUACGCUUCCCUAUUCAUGUUUACUUCUCUUUCUUCAUCUUUCUCUCUCACCUCCCUUUUACAUGAAAUCAUGUUUUUAAAAUCAUCAGUCCUACAGAGUAAAAUGAUGUCUUUUUCCCCAUAUCAAGAACAAGACAACAAUAGUGUACUGCAGUUAAAGUUGAGCCACUAUUUAAGGUAUUGAGAUUUAGCCAUAGAAGAAAAGGUGAAAGGAAAAAAAAAAAAAAAAAAAGAUGGAUGAAGCAUUUAUCCUUGAUGUUCUCCCUGAGUUCUUUCUAUGCUAUCCACACACGAAAAUUCCACGAGGAUUUCUCAAGGUCUUCAAUGGGCAGACUCCUGUGCACUUUGUGCUGGAAGGUCCUGCAGGGAUAUCUUGGCAGGUUGGUGUGGAACAGAUUGAGGGCGAUUUCUUUUUCAGAAGAGGUUGGCCAGACUUUGUGAAGAAGAAUAAUUUAGAGUAUGGAGAUUUUCUAACAUUUUGCUAUGCUGGAAACUCAAAAUUUUAUGUUAGAUUAUAUGGAAAAGAUGGCUGCUUAAAGCAGGACCAAGAAAAUGUGCAUGUCUACUUACGAAAAGCAACUGGUACAACUAUAUGUGCAGCUCCUCCUCCCGCUUCAUUUGAACUCGUCAUGAAGAAAUCUUACUUCACGAAAUUGACUAUUCCAGCUGCAUUUGGCAACAGAUUUAUGAAAAGGGGGGAAGAGAAUUUUGCUACUCUCCGAACUGGUAGUGAUAGCUGGCAGGUUAGAGUUCGCAGUGGUGAUAAACUUGAUUUUCGGAAAGGGAUGAGCAAAUUUUUGUGCGACAAUGAUGUGCGUGUAGGAGAUAUUUGCCGCUUUGAACUGAUUGAUGAGGAGAAGUUCAUAAUGGUAGUGCAAAUUAGACGAUUUCCCAGAUAAAGUAGUCAUAGAAAUUGUGACAAAUCCCUUUUUUACAUUCAGCAAUGUUUUUGCUUGAGAGAGGACAUCAUAUGUACUAAGAAUUUCAAGUGGAAUAGAAAGUUGACAUAUCAGAUUGAUGACUAUGAAA